AGUCAAAAAUUAAUAGAUUAUUUUAUGAAACUUAUCUUCUUAAUCAACUAAAAGAGUCAAAAAUCAACACUGAAACUUAUAUUGUGAAAGUUGAAAAACUAAGAGCUCGGUUUUACUUGAUAUUACAUGUUGCAACAGCCGACUUACCUAUCAUAUGGGCCAGGUUAUAUGUG